CCAAUGAGCUGGGACCGGAUACGAUAUAUCCUCUGGGACAACAGCUACUCUGUUCACCCCCUUCACUUCCACAUGACGCCAUUUACAGCAUAAACCCGACCUCCUCUCCGGAAAGAAGAAAAAAACAAGAGCUGAAAAACUUGAAAGCAGCACAGUGUGUGCCAUGCAGCCAAACAUUCAACUUGGGAACCGCAACGCUUCUUCUUGAAAAAGUCUUCAGCGUUUUCAUUUUUAUUUCUCUAUAAAUUCAGCUCAUUUUGUUGGAUUCUGGAACUUAUUUUCUUUUUGGCAUAAUUUGCGGUUUAACAACAUAAGUUAAACUACACUACGUUCUACCUGGAAUUAAAUUCUGACGUUAUUGUUUCGCGCGAGUUGCGCGAGAAAAAUACGAGAAUAAGAGGACGCGCGAGUGUUUGCUAUCAUCUGGAUUUUUGUGAAUGAAUCUUCCAAUGAACUGAGGAAUAACCAAAGAGAAAUUCCUACUAGUAGGAUAUACUCUUCACAACACAAAUAGGGGGUUGAGGUGGUGAGAUCACGGACUUCAGAUGUGUUCAAUGCCAGCCGGAGGGUUCCCACUUCAGUGUAAAGAUGGAGACGAGAGCUCAAAAUGGCGGCGGCAGCGGCUCCUCUGGCUUGCUGCGAGCUUUGCGUGACAGUGGCAGACCCCAAACUGGGGACUCAGAGCCUUGGGAAGGUCAGGUGCUCUCCCUGGACCAGAUCAGGACCAUCCGCAGCAGCAAUGAGUACACGGAGGGCCCGACGGUGGUACCCCGGCCGCCAGACUCCCAGCAGAAAGUGGACUCGCAACCUUCCAGCCUGAAUUCCAACUCCUCCAUUGAGCUCUCCGAGCAUAGAAGCUCCCCAGGAGCCCAACGAGCUGGACAGCAGACUCCUCCACAAGCCCCUCAUUCGCCGAGGAGUGACGUGAGCAGAUCUAACAGUGGCCCCAGCGAUGGCUCACAUGGUACGGCUAGGGCGAGCACAGGCAGCACCUCAUCGGAGCAAAGACUUUUGGGAAACACAGCCGGGAUGGUCGAUCGGGUGGUGAGGGUGCAGCCUAAACGCUCAGAGCCGAAGCAGGACGAACUGAAACCCUUUGCGCCGGCCGGAGGCCAGGCCACCGACGGAAAGCACUCGAAUCGCUGUGAGGACUGCGGCCGCUGCAAGUGCAAAGCGUGCACCUGCCCUCGGACCCUGCCCUCCUGUUGGAUGUGCGGGCGCAGGUGCGUUUGCUCUGCGACGACGACGAUGGACUAUGUCACCUGUGUCUGCUGCGUCAAAGGUCUCUUCUACCACUGCUCCAACGACGAUGAGGAUGUGUGCGCGGACAAGCCCUUCUCUUGCAGCCAGUCGCAUUGCUGCAUGCGGUGGUCGGCCAUAAGCGUCCUGACACUUUUCUUGCCCUGCCUGCUUUGCUACCUCCCAGCGAAGGGCUGCGUGGCACUGUGCCAGGCGUGCUAUGACUGCACCAGUCGGCCAGGAUGCCGCUGCAAGAACAAAGGAGUUGACGAGGCUCGGUUCCUGGAGUAGCCCUGGGAAGAUAACCAUAUCUGGGACUAUCUCCAGAGCAGUGGAACAAUUUUCACAAAUUGUUGUAGUUUUGGCACUGUAGACCGUGAGGUGACAUUGGAUUGGCAAAAACUGGUUUGAAGUGGUUUGUUUGUUUGUUUGUUUGUGUUUUGCUUUUCUCUUAUCCACUUUUUCUCUCUCUCUCUCUCUCUCUCUCUCUCUCUCUCUCUCUCUCUCUCUCUUUCACUCUUUAAGGGGGGAUAACGUUUGUUGCAACAACCUUCCCUGUCCUUUGUUUUAAACUGAAGUCCAGAAUGUUAGCCUUAUUGACAUUCAGUAAUAUGACUGAUAAAGGUGACAGACUCUCCUAACUAACUGUUUGUGAAUAGUAUCUGCAAAGUAUGUAAAUUAGCAAAUGAGCUCUUUUUCUGAGAGAUUUUAUUUUUGUACAUAUAAUAUUUCAACUGUGAAACGCAUUGUGCCAAACCAGAGGCACCUUGACAGAUCCAUAUAUAUGAUGCAUAUAAAACGUGUAUAGUGUUGUACAUUCGUUUCGAAUGUACGUCAAUCACUCUUUUGAUAUUUUGCCUUAUAGAAGAGAAACCUUACAUGAAUUAUCCCUACAGCUAUACUUGUAAAUUGUACAGUGACCCUAAGAAAAACUUUAUUUUCUAAUUUCAACACAUUGUUUAGUGUAAAAAUAUUUAUUUGAAGUUUUAUUAUUUUAUAAAGUAAUAUUUAUUUUGAGAGGCAUCUUUAUAGGCAUCACCCCAACUUUGAGAAACAAAACCUCCUCUGUUGUUGCUGCAAAAAAAAGGGUGACAAGGGUGUCAAAUCUGAUGCAUAUGUUCACUAUAAAAUAGAAAAUAUAUUAACGUUUUGAAAUUAAACAA